AUCCUCAGUGUCCGCAGCCUGACCCCUGACCUCAUGACUCUGGCGCCGCUGCAGCUUCCGGAGGAGCUGUGGCUGCGGGUCUUCAGCUUCCUGUCCUGGUCCGACAAGCUGAGCGUCCGUCUCACCUGUUCCCACUUCCGGCACCUGCUGGAUAAGUCCCGCCCCCUGUGGCGCGGAUUCGCCGUCCGGCUCCGCCACUUUUCCAUCUAUAACCGCCGUUUCUGGCGUUCUCUGGCUCAGAGGCACGUUGGCAGAGUGGCGGUCACCGCUGGACGACGCAAACACCUGAAGACGCUGGCCACCUGGCUGCCUCACCUGGACGCGCUGCGAUUGGACGACUGGAAGGAGGGCAGGGUUGACGAGCUGCGGCGCUUUGAACUGCUGACGCACCUGUGCCUUACUGCAGGCUCCACCCCCCUGGUGACCUUUGACUUCCUGUUGCCUGUGAGCAGUCAGCUGACCCAGCUAAGUUUGUGUAACGUGCGCCUCACCUGUGCGCCGGCACACCUGCUCACCGCCGUCACACGCCUCACCCACCUGAGGUCACUGCUGGUCCACCACGACGGGAGCCUCAACCUGCCACUGAGCGCGCUCAGAACCAUCCUGACGCACCUGACGCACCUGACACACCUGUCAUGGACCAUGAUCACCUACAGGACGCUGUCACAUGACUGCUUCAGUCCCGUCCACUUCACAGCAGGUGGUGCAGCUCUGCCUCUGUUGGACCUCCAGCUGUUGAACUACGAUGCAGCGGUGACGCCCGCCACCCUGGUGCCACUGUCUGGCCUGCGCUCGCUAUCCGUGUUCCACCUGUACUCCGUACCUGGACCCACCUGUCACCUGCGGACCUGGCUCAGCGCGCUGCCCCGCCUCCAAAGCCUGAGUGUCCAUGGAGGCCAUCCCCUGGCAGUGUACGUGGACCUCCUCCCUCCGUCCGUCCUCAGUCUGACACUCUGUGUGGAUCUGACCCCUGAGGAUCUGCAGGUGGUCUCUGGCAGACUUCCUCACCUUGAGCACCUGCACCUGGAACCCUGGGGCUCCUCCUCCAGCCUCAUCCGGCUCCUCCCACAGCUGUUUCCCCGCCUCCGCUCACUACACAUCAGACAUCAUCAUGUGACGGACACGGACUUCCUGUCCCUGCGGCAGCUGGAGGUUCUGGACACUCUGGAGGUUCUGGACUCAUACUACAGACCGGACCCUUCGAACCCGAGCUGGGUGGUCUACCAGCCCAGCCCCCACCUGCUUCAGCUGACCUCUGACCUCCAGAAGAUGACCAAUCACAGAGUGAGAGUCCUGAACACCACCCACAGAGACCUAUUCACCUGCCCGUGUGUCACCUGACCUCACACCUGCUGUGAUGUCAUGGAGGGGCGGGGCCAGGUAGAAGCCCACCCCUUCAGUGGAACAGUUCUAUGAAUAUUUAUGGAAAAAAUUUUGAGACAGUUUAGAUUUGUCCAACACAACAAAGAGUCAUUGAAGGUCACACGAUGGACGUCUGAUGGACAUGAACAGAACCAAGGUUCUGUUGGUCCGAACAGAACCACUGUAUCUGGAUAAAGGUUCUGUUGGUCCGAACAGAAUCACUGUAUCUGAAUAAAGGUUCUGUUGUUCUACGCUGCAUUUGUAUGAACACGUUCUCACCAAAAUAAGGU